UUCUUGAUCUGGGUGUUUCAUAUUCUGAUGUUACUUUUCACUGAUGAUCCUGCUCCAGAUUCUUCAUUUCUUCUUUGAUUGACAAAAAGAACUGAUAAAUAUAUUGUAACCAUCAGAAUCUUCUUCUUCUUCUCCUCACUCAUCUGGGUUUUUUUUUGUUGGUUUUAUUUAUCAGCGACUUUGUUGAAAUUCAGACCUUAGACUGCCAUUUACGUCCUCCUUUCUAGAUUCUGGACCUGGGUUUUGUCGAUCAGGUAGAAGAGGCCAAAAAUCAAAGCCAAAGAAUCUGACCCUUGGAAUUAUUCGGAAGUGUUUCGUUCUAUUUGGCUGAAGUCAUGACGACUACAUCGCGUGCAAAUUCUAAGCGUAUGUAUUCUUGGUGGUGGGAUAGCCACAUUAGCCCAAAAAAUUCUAAAUGGCUUCAAGAAAAUCUUACAGAUAUGGACGCCAAAGUGAAACAGAUGAUCAAGCUUCUUGAAGAAGAUGCAGAUUCCUUUGCUAGGAGGGCUGAGAUGUACUACAAGAAGCGCCCGGAACUUAUGAAAUUGGUGGAAGAAUUCUACAGGGCGUACCGUGCAUUGGCAGAAAGAUAUGACAAUGCGACCGGAGUGCUUCGCCAGGCUCAUCGUACCAUGGCUGAAGCAUUUCCUAACCAGGUUCCAUUUGAUGAUACGCCUGCAGGUCCAGGGAAUGAGGGUGAUCCACGGACACCUGAGAUGCCACCACCCAUACGUGCUCUUUUCGACCCUGAGGAGUUGCAAAAGGAUGCCUUGGGGCUUUCACCCCAGUUCAACGCUGGCAGAAGAAAUGGAGCGUUUACGGACGAAUCCAACUUGGUUACAAAUCGGAGGGGUUUGAAGCAGUUUAAUGAUAUAUUUGGUUCUGGGGAAGCCAUAAACCAACCAAAAUUUGGAGAAGGGCGGGCAAGGAAAGGCCUCAGUUUCCAGGAUCUUGAGGAGAACGAGCAAAAUGGAGGUAACAAUCUCAAGGUUUCAGCUGCCGAGGCAGAGAUUUUAGCCUUAAAGGAGGCUCUGGCUAAACUAGAAGCUGAGAAGGAAGCUGGUCUACUUCAAUAUCAACAGAGUCUUGAUAAGCUGUCCAAUCUCGAGUCAGAAAUCUCUCUUGCACAAGAGGAUUCCACGAGACUUAAUGAUCGAGCCUCUAAAGCUGAAACUGAAGCUCAGAAUUUGAGGGAAGCCCUCAGCAAACUAGAGACUGAACAGGAAGCUGGUCUGCUAAAGUAUCAACAGUGCCUGGACAAAGUAUCCCUACUGGAGAAUGAUAUCUCUGACAUUCAAAAGGGUGCUGAAGAACUAACUGAGAGAGCAAGUAAAGCUGAGAAUGAAGCUGAAACUCUGAAGCAAAGCCUUGCUGAAGUAGAAGCUGAAAAGGAAGCCGCACUUGUUCAAUAUCGGGAGUCUUUAGACAUGAUAGCAAAACUAGAGGAGAAACUUCUUCACGCUGAGGAAAGUUACAGACGAUACAAUGAGCUAGCUGACAAAGCUGAAAGUGAACUCAUAAUCCUUAAGCAAGCAGUCGCAAAAUUAACCGAAGAAAAGGAAGCUGCUGCUCUCCAGUACCAGCAGUGUCUGGAGAAGAUUUCUAGUCUUGAACAUAUAAUUUCUUGUGCUGAAGAAGAGGCUGAAAGGCUGCAUCGUGAAAUAGAUGAUGGGGUUUCGAAGUUAAGAAGUGCUGAAGAAAAAUGUCAUUUGUUGGAGACUUCAAAUCUGGCUCUGCAGUCUGAGUUGGAGUCUUUAGUUCUAAAAAUGGGGUCUCAAAGUCAAGAACUAACUGAUAAUCAAAAAGAGUUGGGAAGACUUUGGACUUGCAUACAGGACGAGCACUUGCGCUUUGUUGAGGCCGAAACUGCUUUCCAAACAUUGCAGGAUUUGCAUUCCCAGACCGAGGAAGAACUUCGCUCUCUUGCUGCAGAGCUUCAGAAUAGAACACAAAUCUUAAAGAACCUGGAAAUUCAAAACCAGAGUUUGGUUGCUGAUGUUCAGGAGGUUAAGAAUGAAAACAGGAAUCUUGAAGAAGUCAAUAUAUCUUCAGCUCUAUCAAUAAAAAAUCUGCAAGAUGAGCUAUCAAGCUUGAGGGAGAAGAUAAGAGAACUUGAAGCGGAGGUCGAACUUCGAACGAACGAAAGAAAUGCCCUUCAGCAAGAAAUCUACUGUCUGAAAGAGGAAAUUAAUGGCUUGAAUAAGAAAAAUGGUGCCAUAUUGGAACAGGUGGAAUCUACUGGCUAUAAUCUAGAGUGCUUUGCAACAUCUGUUAAGGAACUGCAAGAUGAAAAUUCAAGGAUGAAGAAGACCUGUGAGACAGAGAAAAGUGAGAAAGCAGCUCUCUUGGAGAAGUUGAUUAUCCUUGAGAAACUGGUUGAGAAAAAUUCCUUUUUAGAAAACUCCAUUUCUGAUAUGAGUGUCGACUUAGAAGAAACCAAGGAGAGGGUAAAGAUGUUGGAAGAAUCUUGUGAAUCUCUGGUGGGAGAGAAAUCAGCUCUUUCUUCUGAGAAAGUUGCCCUGACUUCUCAGUUACAAAUUACAACAAAAAAUCUGGAGGAACUAUCAGAAAAGAAUAUGCUUCUGGAGAACUCCCUUUCAGAUGCAACUGCUGAACUUGAAGCAUUGAGGGUGAAAUCAAAGGAUCUGGAAGAAUCCUGCCUGUUGCUUGAUCAACAUAAGUCUGGCCUCAUUACAGAGAGAGAAAGCUUAGUGUUUGAGUUGGAUACCUCCCGUAACACUCUUGAAGAUCUGGAUAGAAUGUACCGGGAGUCAGUAGAGAAACAUUCGGUGCUUGCCACUGAAAGAGAAUCUGCAUUUUGUGAAAUAGAAAAGCUAAAGGCUUCUUUAGAUGCUGAAAAACAAGCACAUUAUAGUUUUACUGAAAUCAGUGGAAAACGGUUAGCUGGCAUGGAGUUACAAAUGCGUGUAUUACAGGAAGAAUGUGACAAGUGGAAGAAAGAAUAUGAGGGAGAAACAGAUAAAGCUAUAACUUCUCAGUUUGCAAUCUUCAUCUUACAGAAUUGCAUGCAAGAUAUGAAGGAUAAUAACCUCUCGUUACUUCUCGAGUCUCAAAAACUUUUCGAGGCAUCAAAGAGGUCAAAAGAAGUGAUUUCUGAAUUAGAGCGCGAGAAGGCUCAAACACAAGGGCAGGUUAAAUCCUUCACUGAGAAAAAUAAAAUAUUGAGGAUGGGGCUUCACCAGGUAUUGAGAACUCUUGACAUCAAUGCAAACGAUAGGUCUGAUCACAAGACCGAGCAAGAUCAAAUACUUCUGAACCACAUCUUUGUCAAACUUCAGGAAAAACAAAAUUAUAUGAAUGAAACUUGUGAUGAAUACUAUCAGUUAGUGAUUGAGAAAUCCAUUGCUGAAAAGUUUCUUGAGCAACUGAAAGAUGGAGCUGCGAACAUGUUGAUGGAAAGGGAUGCUCUUGAUCAGGAGCUCGGAAUCCAAUCUGAACAGAUCUUGAUUUCUCAGAGUAGGAUUGAGAAACUCAUGGAGUUGAAUGAAGAGCUGAGGUUGAAAGUAGUGGAGGGCAACGAUAAAGAACAAGCCCUCAAGACAGAAAUGGAAAAUGUAUGCAAGAAUCUGCAUACUGUGAAAGAAGCUUACCAGAUUUUACAAGUAGAGAAUUCUAAGGCACUUGAUGAGAAAUUAUCUUUGACAAAAGAAGUCUCAGACUUGGGGAAACAGAGGUGUCAAUUAGCAGAAGAUAACAGUGAUAUGUUCAAUGAAACAAUAUUUCAAAGUCAACUUUUCCUCAUUUGUAAGGAUAUUAUCUCUGAAAUUCUUGAAGAAAUGAGAAAGGUUACUGAGUGUAAGGAUAUACUCCAGCUCACAAAUAAUGAUCUUGAAAAGAGAGUGAAAGUAAUGGAGGGUAAGUUGGGAGAUGAACGAAUGAUGAACUUAGAACUCACGACGUUCUUGGAGAAGUCACGUAGUGAGGCUGAAAAUUAUUUGACAGAGAAGAACACACUUGAUCAGGAGCUCAGGUGCCAAUUGGAACAGUAUUCGGCACUCCAGGCUAAGAUGGAGAAAUUUCUGGAGUUGAAUGAGGAAAUGAGGUUGAAAAUAGUGGAGGGUGGCCGCAAAGAAGAAGUGCUAAUGACUGAAAUGGAGAAUGUAUGUAAGAAGCUGCAGAAUUUGGAAGGGGCCUACCAGAUUCUACACGAUGAGAGUUGCAGGGCACAUGACGAGAAAAUAUCUUUGUCCAAGGAAAUCUCUGGAUUGAGGAAAGAGAAACAAGAACUAGAAGAAGUAAACAUUAAUAUGUUCACUGAAAGAAUAUUUCAAAGUGAACUUUCCUUUAUUUACAAGGAUGUAGUCUCUGAAAAUCUCGUUGAACUGAGAAAGCUUGCUGAGUGUAUAGAUGAACUCCAGUUCAGAAAUAAAGACCUUGAAGAGAGAGUGAAAGUAAUGGAGGGAAAGUUUGGAGAUGAAAAAACAAAGAACUUAGAACUCAUGAAUUCCUUGGAGAAGUCACAGAGUGAGGCUGAAAAUUAUUUGAUGGAAAAGAACGUGCUUGACCAGGAGCUCAGAAAUCAAUCUGAACUGAAUUCAGCACUACAGGGUAAGAUGGAAGAACUUCUGGAGUUGAAUGAAGAUAUGAACUUGAAAUUGAUAGAGCGCAAUCACAAAGAAGAAGCACUAAUGACCGAAAAGGAGAAUCUAUUCAAGAUGCUGCAAAAUUUGGAAGUGGCUUAUCAGAUAUUACGUGCAGAGAAUCACAAGGCAGUUGAGGAGGAAAAAUCCUUGACAAAAGAAAUCUUAGGCUUGAGGAAGGAGAAACGUGAAUUAGAAGACGUAAACAUCGAUAUGUUCGGUGAAACAAUAUUUCAAAGUCAACUUUCCUUUAUUUAUAAGGAUAUUGUGUCCGAAAACCUUCAAGAACUGAGAAAUAUUGUUGAGUGUAUGGAUAAACUUCAGUCCACAAAUAAUGACCUUGAAGAGAGAGUAAAACUAGUGGAGGGAAAGUUGGGAGAUGAACAAACAAGGAAUUCUGAACUCAUUCAGUCCUUGGAGAAGUCCAAGGGUGAGAUUUUGCAAGUAGAAACAAUGCUAAUCUUGAAGGAAAAUGAAAGGUUGGAGCUGCACAAAAUGGUGGAGCUGCUAUCAAAGAAGUGUAAUGAGUUGGAGGUGAUAAAUGAAGAACAGAAGAAUCUUAUGAACAAAAUAUCCUCAGAUAAAGAUUGUCUGGCUAAGGAAACGGACCUUCUUCAUGAAGAGAGUAGAAAAAUGGACACGAAGCUUAAGGAGCUGCAAAAUGAAGCUGAAAAGAACACAAGUAGAGAGGAAAGUUUAACAUCUGAACUUCAGAUGAAGAACAAUGAAGCUCAAUCGUGGGAGACUCAAGCUGCCACUUCUUUUGGUGAGCUGCAGAUUUCUGCUGCUUAUCAAUCAAUUUUUGAAGGCAAGAUUCAUGAGCUAAUGGAAGCGUGCGAGAUCCUUCAAGAUAGAAAUACUUCAAAAGAUGUGGAGAUUGAAUUGCUGAAGGACAAAAUUAGUAGCUCAGAAGGAGAAAAUGGAAAAAUGAGAACUCAGUUGGCCUUGUAUGUUCCAGCUAUCCAAACCUUGAAGGAUUCUAUAAGUUCUCUUGAAAAGCAUGCAAUUUCUUCAACAAAAGUGAAAAAAGUCGACGAACAGGAAGUGAAGGAUUCUGAUUCUGGAAGCUUUCAGCAGCCACAUGAUGAUCAAGUUCACAAUAAUGGUUCAGUUGAGCUGCAAGAUUUGAAUAGGAGGAUUCAAGCAAUUGAAGUAGCAUUUGAAGAAUUUGACAGCCAGACUACACUAGAAAAGUUUAAUGUCAAUUCCAAACUAGAGAAAGUAAUGAGGGAGAUUGAGGAGGUAAAAACAGAAAGUAGCCGGUCACGAGACAGUGGUCGUAUCACCAAGGCCAAUUUAGCAAUUCGAGGACAGGAGCGCUUUAAUCGGUCGCAUUCAAAGUCUGAAAUUUCUGAAGCAGGGAACGAAGUUCUGACAAAAGACAUCCUACUUGAUCGCAUAUCUGACCGUUCAUCAUAUGGAACCAGCAGCAGAGAAACUGCAGGGGCCGGUGAUCGGAUGCUUCAUCUGUGGGAAUCAACUGAUCAAGAUGGCAGCUCUGGUAGGGCAGUUGGCAAGGGUUCGAAGCUGGCUCACUCAUCUACCGAGUUCCACCGGGUCGAAUCGAGCAGGAGACGGAGUAGCAAGCACCCUUCAAACGAAUCAUUGGUCGAGAAGGAGUUGAGUGUGGACAAGCUAGAGAUCUCCAAGAGACUUUCUGAUCUCCCCCAAGAAGGAAACAAGAGAAGGAUUCUAGAAAGACUUGAUUCUGAUGCCCAGAAAUUGGCAAACCUUCAGAUAACUGUACAAGAUUUGAAGAAGAAGAUGGAAGUUACAGAGAAGAGCAAGAUAGAAAAAGGUGCUGAAUAUGAUACAGUGAAGGAGCAAGUAGAAGAAGCUGAUGAAGCCAUCACCAAAUUGUUUGAAAUGAACCUUAAACUGACAAAGAAUAUCCAAGAUGGUUUUCUGGCAGCUGAUGGAGCAUCCACACUGGGCCCAGAGGAGGAAAAUGACAGUGUCCAAAGCAGGCGAAUUUCGGAACAAGCACGGAGGGGAUCCGAGAAGAUCGGACGAUUGCAGUUGGAGUUGAAGAAGCUACAGUUUCUAAUAAUGAAGCUAGAUGGUGAAAGAGAGGCAAAGGGCAAAAGUAAAGUGUCCGAGCGGAGUCCGAGAGUUCUUCUAAGGGACUAUCUUUAUGGCGGGACGAGAACGAGGCAAAAGCAAAAGCAAAAGAAGACGUGUUUUUGCGCUUGUAUGAGACCACCAACAAAGGGUGAUUGAGGCAUUCGAUUUUUUAUCCGCGAAAUAAUCGUAAUUCAUAUUCUAGGUUAAAUGAAAAGGAAGGAUGUUUGUUUGUUCAUCAUCUAUCAAAUUUUUCUUUGUAGAGAGGUUCUUUUGGAACUGUAUGUUUUCUUUAGCUUUGUUUUGUAUAGAGAGGUUUUUAUGUUACUUUUAGCUUUGAGAUUCUGCUGUACAUGAAAGGCUGCAUCUAAUCAGAGAAAGCUGCUCUUAUUAGAGGCUCUUCUUCAUUGUCCAUAUGAAAAUAUUGCUUCUGACUUUUCAAUAAAUGAGUUUUUAGCUUCAGAUCCAUAAUUGGGA